AGGAAAUAAAUGCAAGGUUUCAACAACGCAUUACCUUAUAGACCAAGGUUUGGUGGUGGUGGUGCACCACACAUGGCUAUGAAUGAAGCACCUUCAAAGUUCGCAACUGUGCAUUCACCUGAUGGUGGAAUAACAUCACCGAAUGCAUUAGCUCAGAUGUCAAUUGAUGCACAGAAUCAAUCUAACGGUAGUCAGCAAAAACCAGCUGAUUACGUUUACUUUAAGAGAGAACCACAGUUGUUUUCUAGAGAAGCAGUACCACGUGCAACUGCAGCGAAAAUGCGUUUAGAGCAACAUUAUAAGUUGGCAGUUGAGCACGCUAUAGAGCGUAAUCAAAGACGUAUUGAAACUGAGAAGAAACAUUCAUUAAAACCUGGCAUAGCUCCAUACGAAUUGUCGCAAAUACAACAACGUCGCCAAGUCGCCUUCGAGCGCCUUGGUGAAAAGGAGACCAGCUUUGUUCGCUUGAGAAGAACAAAGAUUGGCUUAGAUGAUUUCAAGACCGUAAAGGUUAUCGGUAAAGGUGCCUUCGGUGAAGUUAGACUCGUACAGAAGAGAGACACUGGUAAAAUUUACGCAAUGAAAACUCUCUUGAAAAGUGAAAUGUUCAAGAAAGAUCAAUUAGCACACGUACGUGCUGAAAGAGAUGUACUUGCAGAGAACAAAUCGCCUUGGGUUGUCAACCUUUACUAUUCAUUCCAAGAUGCUAAAUACCUUUACUUACUCAUGGAGUUCCUUCCAGGUGGUGAUUUGAUGACCAUGUUGAUUAAGUAUGAUACUUUCUCAGAAGAUGUUACUAGAUUUUAUAUCGCUGAAUGUGUGUUGGCAAUUGAGGCAGUACACACACUUGGUUUCGUACACCGUGAUAUCAAGCCAGACAAUAUAUUAAUUGAUAAGAAGGGACAUGUAAAACUUACAGAUUUCGGUUUAUCAACUGGAUUCCAUAAGAAGCACAGCGCGCAAUAUUACCAAAGACUUCUAGAUCAAGGUGUUGAAUCAGGUCAACAAAAGAAAGAAAGGAAUUCGGUAGCUAUCGAUAAGAUUAACCUUACAAUGUCUAGACAUGAUCAAAUACAAACUUGGAAAACAAAUAGGAGGAAAUUAGCAUACUCAACAGUUGGUACACCAGAUUAUAUUGCUCCAGAGAUUUUCCUUCAACAAGGAUAUAAUCAUAGUUGCGAUUGGUGGAGUUUAGGUGCAAUUAUGUUUGAAUGUUUAGUUGGAUACCCACCAUUUUGUUCAGAGAAUGCGCAUGAAACUUAUAGAAAAAUUAUUGCAUGGAGAGAACACUUAUACUUCCCAGACGAUAUACAAUUAUCAUUCGAAGCUGAGGAUCUAAUUAGAAGGUUAUUGUGUGCACCUGAAUAUAGAUUAGGAAGAAAUUCAGCUGCAGAAAUCAAGCAACAUCCAUUCUUUGCUGGUGUUGAUUGGUCAUGCAUUAGACAUAUUGAUGCACCAUUCGUGCCACAUUUAAGAUCUAUCACUGAUACAUCAUACUUCCCAACAGAUGAGUUGGAAGCUGUCCCAGAGACACCAGCAGGUGCAGACGUGACUGGUGACAGCAAGGAUUUAGCAUUCAUGGGAUACACGUUCAGGAGAAUGACGAUGAAUGAUUUCUAAGACAAGAACGAAAUGGAACAGUUUUACUAGCAAAUAUUAAAUCAAAUUGUAACAUACUAAGGCAUAUAAAUAAAUAAUUGAAAUCG